GGGUACAAUGUUUUAAACAAACAGGCAAUAAGACACAAGAUUAUUGAAAAGGCGGAACGUUUUAUAAAAAACAUUCACCUGAAAAGGCACUCUUCACAUGGAGUUUGGACAUUUUACAUUUUAAUUUUCAAAACAUAUAUUUUCCUACAAAGCCUUGGCCUAUGCCAAAUAUAUCUUUGAAAAUACACUUGGAUCUUUUUGAGAAAAACUUCAUUAGCAAAGUAAUUCUUUAACCACAUUAUUUAUGAGGGGUAGCUAAAGUUUUUAGAUGUUUAAGUUAUUAGUUAUCACUCCUAAAACUAGGCUGGCCUAAAUGUAUUAUUUACUUUCAUAAUGGCUACUAAAUGUUGGAAAAGUCCUUGUUGAUGAGUAGGCUAGCCUAACAGCGGCUACAAGCCAUAACUGCUUCUUAUUUCAGUGUUGAGGCGAUAUAUCUCCCCAACAUUAAGAAAACACUUCAUAUUUCACAGAGGUGAACUCUGAAUGGCUGUCCAGUAUCCGACAGCAGCGGAUUCCAUUAGAACGUGUGAAAAUUUGAAUUUAAUUCAUAAAUGCGGCCUGCCAUGUCUGGCCUGCUGCCAGGACUCCGUCUCCUCGUUGUUUUCUCUGGCUCUCUUCCAGACCCCCCUCCCCCGCUCGUGUUAUCCACCCACGGGAGAGGUGAUUUCUUUCUUUUUUUCCUCCUUCUUCUUCUUCUUUAAAAAAAACAAAACCCAUCCUCAUUGAGUGGGUCCUGGUUUGGGAGUGGGCUGUGGAUGCGGUUAUUAUGCCCACACUUCUCAGACGAGCCGUGCCGAGUUGUCACGCCUCGCUGCUGCAUGGUCCUGCCCGGUGCCGCCGCGGUGUGUUGUAGCCGACUUUGAGUCGCAGCCGCUCGGCGUCUCAGGCUCCGCCGUCCCCGGUGCUCUUUCUCCUGCUCACUGAGCCAAACCUGUUUAUUUUAACGGCUUCAAAGCUACUAGUCCUGCUGCUGCCCGUGGGAGACUUAUUAAGCAGACAACAUACCUUUUAAAGUUUUUUUCGUGACGUUUCUAAUCACCGGGAGAACGGAGGAGCUGCAGCACCGGGAACCAUGAGCGGACACGGGGACGAGGCCGAGGAGGGCUCCGGCUCCCAGGAGCCCCCGGGGGCCGCGGAGCCCCUGAAGAGGAGGCCGGGGAGACCGAGGAAGCCACAAAAAGAGCCCAGUGGAGAGCCUGUCCCCAAGCGACCGAGGGGCCGCCCCAAAGGAAGUAAGAACAAGGGCCCCUCCAAGGCAGUGCAGACGAAAGCCGAGGCAACCGGGGAGAAAAGACCCAGAGGGCGACCGAGGAAAUGGCCACAGCAAGUCGUCCAGAAAAAGCUUGCUCAGGAAGAAGAGGAAGAAGAAGAAGAAGAAGAAGAAGAAGAAGAAGAGGCUGGAGAUUCCCCACAGGAGGACUAAGCUACCACACCAUGAAAUCUCUACCUCAUUCAGCUGUCAGGUCUUUUAAAGGGAAAAGACUGCCUUUACCACUUGUUUUUGACCUUUUCCACAUUAUUUUACUUGUUUUAAUUUCAGUUAGAGAAUUUCCAUCUUUGCUCAGCCAUCAAACAGGCAGAUAUGUUCAGUUAUAUCUGCGUCUUUAGCUCCCUUGAUACACAUUGACAUAGACCUUGAAAAAAGAAACAGAACAGAUAACUGGCUGGACAGAUGAAACGAAGCAAAACAAUCUGCUUCAUACAUUCUGCUUGUUUAAAAGAUAGAAUCAAGAAAAAGACAGACAUGUCAUCACACUUACACUCCUCAAUGAGAAUACACUAAAACAGACAGAUUCAAUAGUAAUAAUAGAGUGAUAGCAUUAGGUGGUGCAUCAUAAGGCCACUGCAUCUCUCAGACUGAUACACACACUCUCUCAUUGUUGACUGAUUCUCCAGACGUUGAUUGCAGAAAAAAGAGGCUGGUUUCAUCAUACAGACAUUUAGAGCAACUUUCUGCUGUUCCAAUAUAUCAGCAUAUAUCAUCCAUACUAGUGUUAGACCACGCAACACAGGGAGACACAAAGCUCUGUGUAGGACCUAUUGGUAUUCAUAAGUAAUUGGGCACAUCAAAUCCCAAACCGCUCACUUGAAAUAUGAGCAUUGGGUUGAAAACUAGAAGGAAACCUUUUUAAUCCCCUCCCCUUAUUUGGAAAAGCAAAUAUAAGAACUUCUACCCUGGCCCACACCGUUUUUACCGUUUUAAAGGUCCCCUAUUAUACUGUUUUUCAUCACAUAUUAUAUGUCUCAGAUAUAUACA